AUGAAUUCGCAAAGUGGAAUUGUGGUCAACGCUCCUGGGCUGGCGGACGAUGACUUUUGCGUUUCCGUGUCGUCAUUAAAGCCCCUUGAAGAUCUAGCUCACUCCUCUACCAGCAGCAUCGACCGCCUCCAACAACAACAAUCGAACAACAGCAACAACAAUAGCAAAACCGACUUUGACGACGAGAAGCUCUCGGCUUCGUCUCCCACCCUUGAUGGGGCAGGGCUCCUCCGCCGGCGUAGGGAGAUUAGCAAGAGUCCCAGCAGGAAGAACAAUAGCAGCAACGUCACGGGAGGGAGCAUCUCUCCGCGCAGUCGCAAACCCAAACUUGGUCUCCUCGAAAACAACAACAGUCCUCUCUCUCGCACCAAAAAGGGCAAGGUCAGUACUAGCAGCCGUGAGCUUGCUGUGGAUGCGAUUGGAUCGAAUCCACCGCUGCAACGGAGUCAUACCACCGGCAAUAGCGGUAGACGAGUGAGGUCUAGUACUAAUAGAGAUAGUAGUCACAGCAAGAAGAGUAGCAGUCGAUCCACCAUGGAUGAAUCCAGAUCCCGACGAGGCGACGGCAGCAAAGCCAUGGACGAGUCCAAAAUGCGACGCAAAUUGGAGCGAGACAAGGCCAUGGAGGAAUCCAGAAAUAGAAAGAGUGAUCGGAGUAUGGAUGAAUCGAAUGCCAGCUCCCUCAGUGCGGCAAGUCGCAGCAGCAAAAAACGGGAAAGCCGACCCAGCAGCAGCCGUCGACCUCGAGACUCCAAAACGAGAGGUCGACGAAGAAGGGGCUCCAGUCGAGACAUGAUUGACAUGUUGUCCGAGAGUGAUCCCGAUCUUGACGAUGACGACGAUGAGAAGGAGGAUGUGCUCGAACCACAACAACAACAGCGCAAACCCCGGUCUACCAAACGAGACUCCAAAUCUCGUGGUAAAAGACAACCCUCCACCAGUCAGAGUAAUAUUGUGGAUGCCGAAGGAGUAGUUCUAUCCGAAGACAGUGAUCCGGAUGAUGUGCUCGAACAAAAAGAACAGCCGCGGCCACGACGACGAGAAAAAACAUUGGAGGAUUCUUCCAGAUCAUCCAAACAACGCAGCGAUCGGACUUCUGCGAAUAUGGACAGCAGCAGCCGCCGCAGAAAAAUAUUGGACGCGUCUGAUGGUGGAAAAGGAGGAUCUCAUCACAGUCUCGAUGCCUCGGCAGUCAGCGUCAAAUCGCGAACCAGAUCUCCCAAACGAGACUCCAAAUCUCGCCCUGGAAAAGCGAGACAACCCUCCUCCAGUCAAAAUACAAUUGAUGCACAAGACUUGUCGGACAGCGAUCCAGAUGAUGUACUGGGACAACAACGGCGACCCAGCAAACGCAGCAGUCGACCCAGUCGAACCAAGGCUGGUAUGGAAGAUGAAAGCACGCGGCAAAAAAGAGGCAGUCGCAAAAAACGAGAAUCCACACAGUCGUUGCACGAUGAUUCCAAGAACAGCCUCGAAGGCAGCGUUCGAUUUGCCGAGCCAGAAUCCAAAAUGGUAGAUGGCAGCGACCGGAGAAUGUCGGACAGCCGGAACAAUCGAAGAGACGGCACUCGGAGAAUGUCCGAUGACAGCGCUCGACGAGAUCGAGACAACCGUCGCAUGUCGGAUGGCAGCAGGAGACACCGAAAAAUGUCCGAUAGGAGCACCAGGGACAAGGAGGGUCGUCGCACUAGUGGUGGAACUUCAAGUAGUAAUCGAAGACGCAGCGAUGAUGCCGAAGCUCGAAGAGCACGACGACAACGCGUGAUACGAAGCAAGGACACGUACAUCCCCCCACCCAGCCACAGCAAGGAUGAGGACGAUGAUCCUUCUUCGCUCAAGGGGCCCAAAGAUGUCGCUCCUUCUUCGGAUCAUGGUACUGCACGUUCUAGUAAACCAAGCAGGAGACGAGUCAAGCGAGCUCCCAAAGACGCUGCUCCUCCCGAUGAGAGACAAGAUGAUGACGACGUGGCCGAGACGACAUGGCAGCGUGGUGGUGGAAGCACGGCCGAGACGACAUGGCAGCGCGGCGGAGGAAGCAAUCUGGAAACGACAUGGCAGCGUGGUGGCGGCAGCAGCGGCGGCGGAAGCAAUCUGGAAACGACAUGGCAUCGAGGAGGUUCCUCGCGACAGCCACGAUCUCGCAGAGGUUUGGCCGUGGAAUCCACCGGUGCCUCUUCCAGACUAGAUGGGCGUCGUUCCGCGGCCAACGCUCCACAGGCAAACUCUCCCACUGUUGCACCCAGACGUGGAGGACGGACGAAUCAACGAGGACGUGUCAAUGUUCGUCAAUCGCAACUAGUAAACAUGGUUUUGAUGACGGACGAAAACGGAGAACCGUCAGAGGAAAUCAGGCAGCUGAGUGAGGUAGAAGAAGCACACGAGACAGAAGGCGAGUUGACCGAAGCUGAAGUGGAAAUGGGAAUUUCUAGCUCAGAUCAUCAUAAGAACCACAUGCGAUCCAUAGGGAAGGCCGCCGUGAAGGCGGUGGCCAAGACAAGUGCCAGUGCCGCGUCGACGGUGGCCAAAUCCAGUGCCAAGGUGGCUGGCAAGGCCGCUCAAUCCGGGGCCAAAGCUGCCGGAAAGGCUGCAACUUCUGGGGCCAAAGCUGCUGGUAAGGCGGUCAAGGGGGUGCUUGGAUUUCGAAAAAAGAAUAAAAAACACUCAUACGCGGCAAACGAGGAUUCCCAGGCUGGUCUGAUAAUGGAGGAUUUGAACGACAGCGACAACCAGAACUUGGAUUUGUGGGACGCCGACGACGAGCCUGACCCGCACAACAGAUCGCCGGAUCAGCUCUAG